GGUAUCAUCAUUUUAACUUUUCUUUUUUUUCCGUUUGGUUGCCGAGAAAAUCCAGAUUUUCUUGUCCUUAAGUUUCCAGGAAAUCACAAACUUGGUAUUGGAUCAUCAGAAGAUUCUGAGAAAGAAAAAGCAUAAAACAAAAUGGUGGCUGUCAAGGGAAAAUUGAAUGCAGCUCCAAGUCGAGUUACAGGAGAUAAAAAAAAUCGCAAGAGUGUUGGCUUAAGUUUCAAGGUUUAUUCUGAGAAUGAGAGGGUUAAUGUAGGUUCCCGUGAUUCUGUUGGUACUAGUAGCACGAGGAAAUCUGUGCAGUUCAACAAAGGGACUGUUCAGAGCAAUUCAAGUGAUUCAAAGGGGAAUCUCAAGGGUUUCGAGAAGGACAAAGACAAGCGGAAUAGUUCCUUUGUUCGAAGAAAAGCUUUGGCUGAUGUCAGCAAUGUUCAGGGAAACUGUUCCACUACUAGCAUGCGUGACGGGUCCAAAUCAGUGGUUACACUGGGUCAAGGCACUAUCACUGUUUGUGCCUCAUCAAGGAAACCUUCCAUGGGUAAAAUGGGAACAAAUAUAAGUCAAGGCGCUGGUGUUUGUAAUACUUCAAAGAGAGCAAGUACAAAAAAUUUGAAGGCCUCUUCUAAUAACCAAAUGACCAAGGAUAAGGGCCGUGAAUCUGUUAAUAAUGCUCAAAGGACUGCGAGGCUUUCUCAUGUACUGACAAGGAAGUCAUUACCAGUUAUAAGGAGGGUUAACAAGGUGGACAGAAGUGAUCUAAAGGAAAAUGUUGAAACUUCAGAGCAGGGUAAAGGAAAAUCCAGUUUCUUGGUUAAGACUAAAGCAGGCGAAAAAGUGAUACCCCAAGUUAGAAACACUAGAACCAAUCUUCUGAGAAAUCGAGCAAGUGAUGGCUUCAUAUUGAUGGCUUCAAGGCGUCAAACUAAUGUUGGUGCUCAUGCCAUACCAAAAAGACCUAUCAGGCCUACUUUGAGAACCACAGUCAAGACUUCUAAUGUUCAAACUCAAAGGACAUUGAAGUCCAAGCGGACAUCGGUGUUAGACAAGUCAAUAUCUGGUGCUGCAAUUUCAUCCAAGAACAAGGAGAAACUAGUGCCAUCUUCUCUUCCCAAAAGUAUUGGAUUCGUGGGUCCUCAUCAACCAGCACAAGGAGAGCUUCCACCUGAUGGCAAUGCCAGCACUUCUACAAAUACCUCAGAUAUCAAUAACAGGAGAAAAUCUGAUCGCAGGAGAUCUUUUACAUUGUCAUUGAUGACAAGAUCAAAGCAAUUGGAGGAGCAUGGUGAAUUCAGGAAGCUGGAAAAGUUACCGAGUAUAGAUGACAAUUGCAAUCACCUAGAAGUUGCUGAAUAUGUUGAAGAAAUCUACCAGUACUAUUGGGUUACAGAGUUGCAGGCGCAGAAUCCAUCCAUGCAAAAUUAUAUGUCAAUUCAGUCAGACAUCACACCUCAGAUGCGGGGCAUAUUGAUCAAUUGGCUAAUUGAAGUACACUACAAAUUUGAAUUGAUGCAAGAAACACUUUAUCUCAUGGUCACUUUGUUUGAUCGAUAUCUCUCUCUGGUGCCAAUUAAGAAGAAUGACAUGCAAUUGGUUGGCCUUACCGCACUCUUGCUGGCAUCUAAAUAUGAGGACUUUUGGCAUCCAAGGGUUAAAGAUUUGAUUAGCAUUUCAGCAGAGUCAUACACAAGAGACCAGAUGCUUGGAAUGGAGAAGGUUGUUCUUAAUAAGUUGAAAUUCCGUCUGAAUGUACCUACACCAUAUGUUUUCAUGAUGAGGUUUCUGAAGGCUGCUCAGUCGGACAAAAGGCUUGAACAUCUAGCAUUCUACCUCAUUGAGCUGUGCUUGGUUGAAUACGAGGCUUUGAAGUACAAGCCCUCAUUGCUAUGUGCAUCAGCUAUCUAUCUUGCGAGGUGCACCCUACAAAGGACCCCUGCAUGGACCCCAUUGCUUCACAAGCAUGCACGCUAUGAAGAAUCUCAAAUCAGGGACUGUGCUGAGAUGAUCUUAAAGUUUCAAAAAGCUGCUAGAACAGGGCAGUUGAAAGUCACAUACGAGAAAUACAUGAGGCCUGAUCAAAGUGGUGUUGCUGCUAUAACACCCUUGAAUAGGCUUCCUCUUUAACUCUACCAAAGUUGGAUUUGUUCUCUUUGUUUUAGCUCCGUAAAUAUGUUCAACAUAUUAUGACACUGAAAAUGAAUGCUACCCCAAUUGGCAAUGGAGGAUACUUUCUACCUUCUACGAUUCGAGUCUUAACAUUUUGCAAAUUACUUCGCUGUAGCUGCCUCCCCCAAUAUGUGUUGUUGUUCUUUGUGCUUUCAAGUUUUUAGAAAGUGUUUUUCUCUUCAUUCUGGAUUUUAGUCACAUACCCUAACAAUGUGUGUGUAUACUGCCUUCAGGCAUCCUGAGCUCUAACAAUAGUUAACAACUGCUUAUACUGAUGUAUAAAGCUAUGUUAUGAUGAUUAUAAUCUGUGAUUUGAAAGUCUAAA